AUGGCUGGCAAGAUUUCAUCUCCGCUAGCCAUAGAAUUGCCAACACGACGACCCCACUCUUUGCCAUGGGAGCGUGAGCACACUCCAAUCCCAUCACACCUUCCGCGGACGGUGAAAUCGAACCUCUGUGAUAUCUGCCUCGCAUUCGAAGAAAACUGCACACGUCCAUGGCCACUCAGUCAAGAGAAACAAAUCACAGUUUACUUGUUCCCUCACCAUGCAUCGUGGGAAGAAUUGGAGCAGUCCUGUCAAAAUGGUUGCGAGCUUUGCACACUGUUUAGAAACGGCUACCUUGAGCAGUACCACUCGCAGAUGCUUAGGGAUAUCGAACAUAGGGCAGAUGAGACGGAUUCCGAGGAAUCCGAAGAUAACGCAAGUGAAGCAGAUCCUAACAGCACAAACGGACCAGCCGAUACACGAAUACUGGGCCGUAGCAAAAGCUCUGGACCCAGACUUGAUAGCGACAAUGGGAGAGAUUCCGAGGAUAGCAUAGAUGAAACUACUGAUACCAUCUCAAUGGACGAUCACAAAAGCUCUCCACGAUCACUUGAUGCCCCAAAUGAAGCAGAUUCCGAGCAUAGCACAGUGGAAAAACACGACACUAUGAUCAGAGACUGGCACAAAAGCUUUCCACGAUCAGUUGAAGCCGCAAUUGAAACAGGUUCCGAGGAUAACCUGAAUGAAAAGACCGACAUCAAGUUGAUAGACCAUCACAAAAGCUCUCCGCAUUCACCUGAUGGUGCAAAGGAAGCAGACCCCGAGGACAAAACAAGCAAAGUAGCAGAUAAUACCUUACCAGACUACUACAAUACUCUUCGAAUCCGCUGUCAGGUCCCCAAAUCAUCUUCAGAUCCUAUAAGAUGCUGUGUCAUUUCAGGUAGGAAGCCCUACUCGGUAUGGUUCAACAUCGGUGCGAAAACUGGCAGCAAGCCUGCAGAAGAAGGUGGAUUCCGAGGCAGGAUGUGUAGCGCAACUCCGGACUUUGAUCUUGCCAAAGAAUGGAUUGGGAAUUGCCACAACCAUAGCGUCUGCACAAGUCGCAAUGCAAUCCCAAGAGAAAAUCCAAUGCGGCUGCUCCAAAUACUCAAUGGAUCAUCCCAGAUCAGAUUGAUCGAGACAGUGGACUCAACUAAGUAUGAAUAUGUCACACUCUCCUAUCGCUGGGGCCGUGAUGAUCGAAGACCGCCUUUGACACUCCAGGAGAAUCUAUCACAGCACAUGAAUGGCAUACCAACGGAAAUUUUACCACCUACACUCAAGGACGCCGUACUCGCAACUGUAAGUCUGGGGUACGAUUACCUAUGGAUCGACUCAUUAUGCAUCAUCCAAGACGAGCCCCAAGAUUUCGAGCAAGAGUGCCCCAAAAUGGCAGCCAUCUACAGCGGAUCCGCCGUUACCAUCGCAGCGCCAGGAGCCCAGGACUCCUUUUCCGGAUUUCUGCACCGACGAAAGUUUCUCGCAGACCCUCUCUACACACCCGUCGAGUUGCAGUAUCGGGACCGCAAGGCCGAGCCACAAGGUACGUUGAAGAUUUGGUAUCCCGGAAGCACUUCCACCCCGGAUCAUUACGGCUAUCUCAAACCCAAUUUCAAUGGUUCUCUCAAUUCCCCCAAUGGAGACGAACCUCGACCGCCGUCAUUCCUGGACGAUCGAGGCUGGAUAUUCCAAGAGUGGUUGCUAUCUCCCCGCGUGCUGUACUUUGGGUCCUUCCAGAUGUAUUUCGAGUGCUGCCAAUCGCAACGAUUCGAGACGCUGCUCGAUCAACAUGUACACAUUGAUCAUUAUAGUUUGUCGAAAACCAUCCCGGCUCUCAGAAGCCAUGCAGAGUAUCACUCGUGGUGGCGCAAGCUAGUCGAGCGGUAUUCGGGCUGUGCGCUCUCUGUUGCGAGAGACAGACUACCAGCUAUCUCGGGAAUUGCUCAUUCGUACCAACCUCCCGUGAGCGAUAAAUACCUGGCUGGAAUAUGGCAAGGUGAUCUGCCGGGUGCUCUGCUAUGGUAUCGGCUUUCAGACUACACAGAGAAGGGCAACAUCGCAGACGGCAAUGAGAUAGAAUACAUUGCACCCUCCUGGUCAUGGGCUUCCCUGAUGGCUCCUGUCCGAUUCAUAGUCUCCAGAGAGGAAUAUGGAGCUAACGACCCCGACGAUGGCAGCGAUUGUGAUCCGUGGAAAGUACACAUAAUAUCCGCCUCGACGACCCUCACCAGCCGCUUCAGCAAUCCUGAUCCAUUCGGCCCCGUAAAAGAAGGCCAUCUGCGCAUUCUGGGGAAACUACACACUGCUUCAGUAUAUAAAUGCCGGGAUGGGUGUUUGCUCGUAUGCUUUUGCAAGCAUAUUUCAGACAGAGAAACAUGGCUCACUCUAAGGUUCCUCCCAGACAGGCCAUCACGGUACGAGUCGUUACCUCGAAUUGGCUAUCGCUGGGACCGUAUCGAUCGAAACAGAAAAACUCCUGAGGUUUUCGUGCUCCCUGUUCUGAUGACCCGAAACCAGACUUUUCACAGCUAUGUUGGACUUGCCUUGGAGCCAGUGGCUGGGACAGAUGGUGAAUUCCAGAGGGUGGGAUUGGUGAAGGGCACUAGCCCGGCGAAGAAAGGAGAUAUCCGCGAUAAGAUAUUUAGUUCUGGGGACGAAAAGGAGUUGGUGAUCCGAUAG